AUGGAGAGUUGCACUGAGGUAAGAGAGGAAAUUAUUGCUCUUAUUUCUGAUGAUGAAGUUGCUGAAGAAGCUCAAAAGUGGAUUGACUAUCAACGAGCAAUUGAUAAUGCUUUAGACAUAGCCCAAGAGUAUAUAUCUAAACAAGCAAUUUCCAAAGCAGACGAACAAACUACUUCGAGUUCAGCGGAACACAAACAGUUACAUCUGAAAUUACCAAAACUUGAGUUACCCAAGUUUGAUGGAGAUGUUUUAAAAUUUCAAAAUUUUUGGGACCAAUUCGAGGUUGCUAUUCAUGAUAAUGACAAUGUGCCUUCUGUUCAAAAAUUCACCUACCUGCGUUCAGUACUUGAAGGGAUUGCUUAUCACACAAUCGAGGGAUUUGAAGUCACUAGUGCUAAUUAUCAGCAUGCUGUUGAUGCUCUGAAACAUCGCUUUGGUAGGAAAAGAAUAAUUAUUUCAUCUCUAGUCAAGUCAAUUAUCCAGUUACCAAGGUCAAACGAAGGGGUAGAGUUUUUGCGAGAUCUCCAUGACACGCUAAAGAAUCGGAUUAGAGCACUGGAGGCCCUAGGCGAAAAGCCAACGACCCAUUCUUGUAUCCUCCUUCCAAUAUUAGAAACCAAACUUCCACCUGAGUUAUCCGAGAAAUGGGAAUUAGAACUAACUGACACAAAGGAAGAGAGUGUUGAUCUUGAACUUUUCUUCAAGUUCCUGAAUAAACAAGUGAUUUCCAAGGAGGCCGGAAAAAGGAAUGCUAGUAUGAUUGGUGAGAAUGGUGGGACAGCUAGAGGAAGUGGGGGACGAAAUGAGCUACCUUCGAUUGACUCAGUCGCUGACGGAUAUGUUGGCGAAGACACCGUCCAUAACCAGGAAAAUUCCAUCACCCGUGUGGACAUUCCCAUUGCUUGCCCAGAAAUACCCCGAAAGGUAUCGAAUGUCUUAUCGGACAGCUUAGAAGAAACCCAGAGAGAGUCAAUGCUUACAGAGGACGCCAUCCAUCGAGGACCAGACGGAACAUCAAAAGACCUUUGUGGGUCGAAACACCACCUAGUAGUGGAGCCUUACGAGGCUGUAACAUGA